AUGAUCUCUAUCAUACUGCCCUACCCCAAGGAUGGUACCCCUAUUGUUGGUGGUCCACAAGAUUCCUUCUCUGGUGCUAGAGUUACUGAUGUUCGUGCUGCUGUUGAUAUAUGCCAUAAGGCUACCUUAGGGAGAAUCCCACUGUCCCUCAUUGGUUACAGUAUGGGUGGGAUCAUUGCUGCCAAUAUGGUUGCUAAAUAUGGUUGGGAGCUCCGAGGACGGUUACACUCCUGUGUAUCGAUAUCAGGUGGCAUCAGUCUAUGGCGGAGAGUCGAUAAUCCAGUAUCUAGAGAGUUGUGGCAACCCAUGUUAGCAUUCGAGGUUAAGCAGAGAGUCCAUGGCCCAAUGGUCAACAGAACAGGCUUUUCCCCAUCCGAUCCUAAGUGGUAUGAUAGGCCUACUGAUCUAUAUGAGCUCGAUACAUUGAUCCCUGCUGCUGUCCAUGGUUAUGAUGAUGUUAUUGAUUAUUAUCAUGAUAUGAGUGCCUGUAGUGAGAAAUACAGCAAUGGUGGCGCGAAUAUCGCCAUACCAACUCUCUUGAUACAUUCCCGUGAUGAUCCUAUCAUUCAUGUUGAGGCUGGAGCUGUGUUACCACCAACAGCAUCUAAGUAUCUAUUCUCAUUGAUAACAGAUAACGGUGGGCAUGUAGGUUGGCCUCAGGGCUGGCUACCUUGGAAAACGGGGUUCAAGUGGGUCUCUGAGACCGCUAUCCAAUUCGCCGAGACAGUAGCAUUGAAUUGGGAUCUGCUUGACGACGCUCACUAA